AUGAUCUCCAAGAUCUUAAAAUUCUGCCUCCUUGCCGGCGGCGCCCUCGCCGUCCCGGUUGAGGUGGACAUCAAGAAACGUAUCAAUUGCCCGGCCGUCCACAUCUUCGGCGCGCGCGAGACCACCGUAUCUCCCGGAUACGGCUCAUCCAGAACAGUUGUAGAUGGCCUCCUCGGCGCCUACUCAGGCUCCACGGCCGAGGCCAUCAGCUAUCCUGCAUGUGGUGGACAAUCAUCCUGCGGCAGCGUGAGCUACUCGAACUCAGUUGCCCAGGGCAUUGCAGCUGUUGCCGCGGCUGUGAACUCCUAUAAUACACAGUGUCCAUCGACCAAGCUUAUUCUGGUCGGAUAUUCUCAGGGUGGUGAAAUCAUGGAUGCAGCCUUGUGCGGCGGCGGCGUCCCAAACCAAGGCUACACAAACACCGCGGUCCAGCUGUCGACAUCCGCUGUGAACAUGGUCAAGGCAGCAAUUUUCAUGGGUGAUCCGCUGUAUAUGGCAGGACUUUCGUAUGAUGUUGGAACUUGUGCUGCUGGAGGUUUCGACGCACGUCCUUCUGGCUUCUCUUGUCCAUCGGCCAGUAAGAUUCAAUCAUACUGCGACUCCACGGAUCCGUACUGCUGCAACGGCAGUAACGGCGCGACCCACCAGGGCUACGGAGCCGAGUAUGGUGCACAGGCUAUUACCUUUGUCAAGGGAACCUACGCCCGCACAACAGCCAUCGACCAGCUCGUGGCGCGGUUCCUCGGCCCGAGCUUACCGGAAAAUAUACAUAAGAAACAAAAUAAGAAACAAAUCAUAUCUCUAGGCGCUGGGUCGGACACGCGCGUCUUCCGACUUCUGUCGUCGCGUCAAACCCCGGACUUCGUUUACCACGAGCUCGAUUUCGCCGUAAAUACGGCGGAGAAAAUCCGCGCGAUUAGAUCGGCGCCUGUACUGCAGACCGCGCUGGGGAUUGACUCGUCAGAGGUUUCGUCGGAAAAGGAUACUGGAAUUACCGUGUCGGAGGCCGGGGAUGCGCUGCAUUCACCCUCGUACCACAUUCACCCAGUUGAUCUGCGGUCGCUUUCGACAUGCAGUGACCCUGCUGGAGCAUUGCCAGGCGUUGAGACGGGAUUGCCGACUCUGCUGAUUUCUGAAUGCUGUUUGGUUUAUCUAUCACCCACUGAAGCGGAACAGGUUGUUACGUUCUUCACACAACGCCUUUUUGGUCAUGGGCAUGCAGUAUCCGGGCCUGGAGAUAUCUUGCAGGAGGCACAGGCGAAGGUCACUCCGCUCGGACUGAUUCUAUAUGAGCCCAUCCGGCCGAAUGAUGCCUUCGGUCGGACAAUGGUGUCGAACCUUGCAGCGCGAGGGAUUCAGCUCAAAACCCUCCCUAGGUAUGCGUCGCUUGAGGCGCAGCGAGGCCGCUUCCAAGAUCAGGGCUUUAGGGAUGGCCAGGCUGCAGCUGAUAUUGAGUUUAUUUGGCAGCGGUGGGUCAACGACGAUGAGAAGGAAAGAGUUUCUGCGCUAGAGAUGCUUGAUGAGAUGGAGGAGUGGCAGUUGCUUGCACGGCAUUAUUGCAUUGCUUGGGGAUGGAGAGACUGCGAUGAUGUCCCGGCUUUUGCUGGGUGGAAGGACCUCGAGGCCCAGCGAGGCGAGUAG